AUGCCGUCCACAUGUCCUGAGUGCGGCUCGCAAGAAACCCUCAGCUUCAUCGCCGAGGUGGGCCAAGACGUCUGCUCCGACUGCGGCACCGUCCUGCAGGAUCUCCACCUGUACGAGCCCACCAACCGCUACGAGAUCGCAUACGCCCUUGGCGGGCCCUCUAUAGAGCGCACCGCAUGGAAUUCUCUCGACCCGCACUACAAUCCUCUCGUUCUACAGCGAUGGCACUCUAGCAUCGACGAGGCGCGCGUCCGCACCCGCUACCAUCGAAAGCCCGAAGUAGAUGCACGCAUCACGGGAAUCUUGACAGCUCUGGGGCACCCGUCUCUGUUCCACCAGGUCGACUUUCUGUUUCAACGGGCACGCGAGAUCUCGUGGAACAACAAGGACAAAUCGCAAGUCGCAUUUCCGGACGAUGCAGAAGCUGCCGAGGGCGCAGCCACGGGCUAUCAGGAUCUACUGGCUCGAUUCGUGCCUCCUCCAAUCAGUUGGGGCUCCCUGUCGCUCUACCUUGCUACUGCAUGCUGUUAUGCUGUCCUCCGUCUUCAAGGCGUCCGCAUCGACCUCGAGAGCGUCGCAGACGCCGCUCAGAUCCCCUUUGCCCACUUGCGCCGCGCCUUCCACUGGCUCCGUCUGCUCGUCAGCGAUGCUGUGAACGACGUCAGACUCUUUGACCCGGAUGCCUACGUGCGCAGAGUGCUCGCCUUCUUUCGCUGCCAGCUUGCAUCCGCACAGCCCAGCCUCAACGCCACCAUCCUCAACUAUCUCAAGCCUCUCCAGACCCCCGCUGGUCCAGGCCGAGCCAAAGACAUCCCCCAAGACCCAGCUCGCAUUCUUCAUCGCACGCCUUUCGAGGCCGUCGAGGGAACGGCGCUCCAGGUAUGCUCCUUCUGGUGGCGGCAGCGCCGAGAAGGUGCAUCCAAAACUCGUUACGCUGCAUUUGCAGCGGCCGUCUUGGCCAUGGAAGCGCACCUCAAGAUGCCCGCGCCGAGGACCGAGAUCUUUCGCCACACGCUCCGGGCACUCAACUUUGACGUGGCUCGAGCUCAUCGGCCCGACGAAGAUACGAGCUGGGACGACCUUGGCAAGAGGCAAGCCAUGGCGCUCCAUGCCGAGAUUUACGCCGCACUCCGGCUGGAAGCUCUCAAAAUCCCCUGGCUCACCGGUCUCGCUCCGAUCUCUCAAAAGGUGCGCUACGAGAACCGCUGCAAAGCCUCCAAGGAGGCCCAGGAGGACGGCGAGCUUGCACCCGCAGGUAUGACGGAACUCGUGCGUCGUGAUCUCAUCGUACACGCAAUCGACGUGCUGCAAGUAUGGCAGGCUGUGCAGGGAAAAGUCGCAACGAAGCUUCCGACAGCGACCGCAGACAAACGAGUCUCUCCGCGUGCCAACGGUACAAGCCGAAAGAGUCGCUCGAAGGACAAGGCGCCUGCGUCGGACGAGGCUUCUGAGCUCGAAGCUGACUGGGACGAGCUCGAAUGCUUCGUGUCGACGACUCGACGUGCCGACGAGCGCGACGCCGCGGAAGCUGUGAAAGCUGAGGAGGCUGACGACGACGAUGCGGAAGUCUGGCCGCGAAUCGAGAAGCGCCUGGAAGCGGAGGGAAUCCAGAGUGCCGUCGACCGCACGCACGGCGACUCGGCCGAUGCUGUCGAUGCCAAGCCGCAUCCGAUCGACUUGCUGACCGACGAGCAGGUGGACCGCCUGCUCUUUGAGCACGACGAGCUCCAGUCCAUCUUGCGCGCCGACCCUGCCGAGCGUGCUGCGGUCGAGCGCGCCAAAGUCGCCCUGGGCGCAUGGACGCAGGAAUCCGAGUACCAGCGCAAUGCUGAGAUUGCGGCGCUCGCCCGCCGCGCCCAGGAGGAGCGCGAGGCGCAACACCAGCGACACAGUGCAAUGAAGCGAGAGAGCCUCGACUCCCUUGUGGCGGAUCGUGCCGGGCCAAAGCGUCGCAAAAAGCCAUCAAGCAGCCGCCACGACCGACAGACGAAGCAGACGAGCAAGAAGAGGCGCACCCGCUCGCAAGCUGCGUCCAAGUCGCUUGGAGGUGAAAGUGGCUCGGAGGAGACCGUGGGAACUGUCAGUCAGCGCCGAGCGUCACCAGCUGAAGCUCAGGCGCCCGACGGGACGCCACGAACAACGACAAAACUNCCCACUGCUACGAACAACGGUACCAAGCCCACUGCGACAGCUUCGGGCUACAAGCCUGGCGAGGCGGAUAUGCACGCGCUCACGUGGCAGGGCAAGCGCGACGUGCGCGUCGUCAAUGUGCCUCGACCCACCAUCACCGACCCCACCGACAUCAUUGUGCGCGCUACGGGCGUCACGGUGUGCGGUAGCGACCUGCACCUCUACCAUGGCGAUGUUCCCGACGUGCACGAAGGCGAGAUCCUCGGCCACGAAGGUGUCGGUGUGGUCGACCAGGUCGGCGCUCAGGUGACCAAGUUCAAGCAGGGCGACCGCGUGGUCGCCUCGUUCUCGGUGGCGUGCGGUAGCUGCGACUACUGCAAGAAGGAGGAGUUCACCAUGUGCGACCGCACCAACAAGAGCGGCAGGAUGGAACAGCUCUACGGCAGCAAGAUCGGCGGCAUCCUCGGAUACUCGCACCUGCUCGGCGGAUACGCGGGCACCCAGGCCGAGUACUUCCGUGUGCCGUUUGGCGACGUCAACCUUUUCCACAUUCCCGACGAGGUUCCCGACGAGAAGGCCAUUCUGCUCGCCGACGUGGCACUCACGGCCUACCACAGCGUCGUGGAUAUCGACUUCAAGGAGGGCGAGACGGCGGCGAUCUGGGGCGCCGGCCCCAUUGGCCAGCUCAUUGCGCAGUGGCUCUGCAAGGUGUUUGGCGCAAGCAAGGUGAUCAUCAUCGACAACGUCGCCCCGCGUCUCAACUGGGUCAAGGACCGUCUGAACGUGGAGACGAUCAACUUUGACCACACCGCCAACGUGGCCGACGAGAUCCUGUCGAGGGUGCCGGGCGGUGUGGAUGUGGCGUUUGACGCCGCUGGCUUCCGCUACUCCAAGUCGUUCCUGCACCGUGCCAUGCAGACUCUCUCGCUCGAGACGGACACGCCCGAGACGCUCAAUGAGGCCAUCCGCGCCACUCGCAAGCGCGGCCGCAUCAGCGUCAUCGCCGAUUACGUGGGCCGCUGCAGCGGCUUCCUGAUUGGCGCGCUCAUGGAGAAGGGCAUCACGCUCAAGGGCAACGGCCAGGCUCCCGUGCAGAAGUACAUGGAGAAAGUGCUCAAAGACUUUGUCGUGACGGGCAAGUUUGACCCUACGCUCAUCUUGACCCACCGCUUUGCCCUCGAUGACGUUGCCAAGGCCUACAAGGCUUUUGACCAGAAGCGCACCGACGAUUCAACGGGUCUGCCUUACAUCAAGGCCUUCGUCGAGACCAAGUAUUCGAAGCCGCGCGCCGAGGGUACCCCCGAGCUCGGCCGCGUCCCUGGCGCUUGA